AUGAAGACGACCUGGAAGGAUAUCCCGCCGGUGCCUACUCAGCAGGAGUUCCUGGACAUUGUUCUGAGCAGGACUCAGCGCAAGCUGCCUACGCAGAUUCGCGCCGGUUUCAAGAUCAGCCGUAUUCGAGCUUUCUACACUCGAAAGGUCAAGUUCACCCAGGAGACCUUCUCCGAGAAGUUUGGCGCCAUCCUCGAGAGUUUCCCUCGUCUUCAGGACAUCCACCCAUUCCACAAGGAUCUUCUCAACACACUCUACGAUGCCGACCACUUCAGAAUCGCCCUCGGUCAGCUGUCAACCGCCAAGCACCUGAUCGAGACCAUCUCCCGCGAUUAUGUCCGUCUUCUCAAGUACGGCCAGUCGCUUUUCCAGUGCAAGCAGCUCAAGAAGGCUGCCCUCGGUCGCAUGGCCACUCUCAUUAAGCGACUCAAGGACCCCCUCAUGUACCUCGACCAGGUCCGCCAGCAUCUCGGUCGUCUGCCCUCGAUCGACCCCAACACCCGAACACUGCUUAUCUGCGGUUACCCCAAUGUUGGAAAGUCUAGUUUCCUCAAGAGCGUUACUCGUGCCGAUGUCGACGUUCAGCCUUAUGCUUUCACCACAAAGAGUCUGUUUGUCGGUCACUUCGACUACAAGUACCUCCGCUUCCAGGCUAUCGAUACCCCCGGUAUUCUAGACCACCCUCUUGAGGAGAUGAACACUAUUGAGAUGCAGAGUAUUACCGCCAUUGCUCAUUUGAGAUCCGCCAUCAUGUACUUUAUGGAUCUUUCUGAGCAGUGUGGUUACACUGUCAGCGCCCAGAUUGCUCUCUUCAAGAGCAUCAAGCCUCUCUUCUCCAACAAGCUCGUCUUCGUUGUCAUUAACAAGAUUGAUGUUACCCGACCUGAGGAUCUCGAGCCCUCACUCCAGGAGGAACUUCAGUCAAUCCUCAAGUCCGGUGAGGUUGAGCUCCUCCAGCUUUCUUGCAACACCCAGGAGGGUGUCCAAGAGGUCAAGAACGCUGCUUGCGAGCGCUUGAUCGCCGAGCGUGUCAACCAGAAGCUCAAGGCUGGUACCAACAACAGCGGCGAGAUUGGUGGCCGUCUGGCUGAUGUCAUGUCUCGUAUCCACGUCGCCACACCCAUGGGUGGUCAGACACUCGAGACAUUCGUUCCCGAGGGUGUCAAGGACCGCAAGAAGUACGACCGGGAGGACCCUGAGCGACGAAGAACCGCUCGUGAUGAGCAGGAUGAGAACGGUGGUGCUGGUGUGUUCAACGUCGACAUGAAGGCCGACUACAUGCUCGAGAACCCCGAGUGGAAGUACGACAAGAUUCCUGAGAUCUACGAUGGAAAGAACGUCUACGACUUUGUCGAUCCCGACAUCGAGGCCAAGCUCCAGGCUCUCGAGGAAGAGGAGGAGAAGCUCGAGGCCGAAGGUUUCUACGAGUCUGAUGAGGAUCUUGAGGACGACGAGGAUGCCGAGGUCAUGCGCAAGGCCGAGCUGAUCCGCGAGAAGCAGCAGCUCAUCCGCAACGAGGCCCGCAUGAAGAAGCGCCUCAAGAACCAGGCCAUCAUCCCCCGCAAGCAAAUGAAGAAGUCUCUCUCCGAGUUCGACGAUGCCCUCGACCAGCUCGGUGUCGAUACCACCGAGAUUACCCAGCGUGCUCGCGAGCAGUCUCGUGGCCGUGGCCGCUCCAGGUCUCGCAUGGGUACCGAGGACCCCGAUGCCAUGGAUGUCGAUGGUGGCCGUACUGCCAAGGAGCGUCUCCGCUCCAUGAGCCGACCUGCCAGCCGUGCUCCCAUCAACCGUCGCGACGAAGGUGUCCCAGACGAGGCUCUCCGAAACAAGGCCGAGCGCAUUGCCAAGCUCAACCAAAAGAAGAGAAACCGCAUGGCCCGACAGGGAGAAGGAGAUCGACACACCACUGCUUCCAUCACCAAGCACUUGGUCGUUGGCAAGCGUGGCAUGGGCAAGACAAACCACAGAUAG